GUGUUCAGCAUUCCUAGCUACCCAGAGGGGUGUCUUCUUGAAUGAUGACUGAUCAAAAUCUUUUUUUUUUUUUUAUUAAUAAAAAGUAAACUAAUUGUAGGGUUAUGUGCUGAUAGCCCCAAAUAGCAGCAAGAAAAAGAAGCUUAGAAUGUAAAGUAAAUUAUACACAUGAUUUUUGCCUCUUCGGUUUUAGACCUGCUAAAGUUAUAGGUCGCUAGUUUCUGUUCCAGGUGAAAUCCCAGCAUCCACUAAGCUGGUGUUGUCCUAUCGACCCAGCUGGAUCGUGUAACCAGUCUAUGGGAAGUGAGUGUGGUGGGAAAUAAUUGUCAUCCUGAAAUGUACUGAAAUCGCCUGUCAACUUCAGUGAAGUGCAGACAUUUAACAGCCCAAAGAUGUACACCACCACAGCUAUUACUGAGAAGUUAUUACUGUAAAUAAUCUGGUUUUCAAAAAUUUAAUUAAUUAUGGAAUAAUCGGAUAGCAAGGUUUUCUCUCCUAAUAUGGAAAUGGAUUUUAAGAUGAAAAUGCUCUUGAUUAGGAAAUCACUUUGUGUCUUCAUACUUGCAUGUAUAAAUAAAAUGUUAUUUUAAGCAUUCAAUGGUGUGAUUUCUUGGUUACUGCAUUGAGAGAGAGGUAAAAGCAUUGGGAACGUAAUAUUUACCUGUUCACAGAAUUCUCUAUUGUUUUUUGUUUUGAAACUAUUGUUUUGUUACUCUGAAUAUUCAGAUAUCCUUGCGAUGGCACUAAUAUUUGCCUUAAAGCUUUCCUUUUCUAAAGCAGGACAUUGAACCAGUUUGAUUUGUGGUAAAAUUAAAGGUUGUAAAAAUUAAUUUGGGGGUUUAUUUUUAUUGGAUGUAUUGCAUGUUCAUGUUUAGUAUUUUAUUCCAUCAUGAUGUAUGUUAACAUUAAAAUCGAUGCCAAAAUACAAAACUACUGAAAAAACUUGGAGUACUAGUAUAUUUCCAAUAAUUUUUUAUUUUUUCUUCAAAAAUAUUUUUAAUUGUAGGCACAUUAGAAUAUUUAUAGUUUUUUGUAAAUAAAAUAGUCUCAUUUGGUAAAUAUAUAUAUAUUUUUUUCUUCCUAACAAGUCUUUAACUUGUUUUCAUCUAGAAAAUACACUAAAAUCAGGUAGUUUGGACACUGCUAACAGAAUUCCAAUUUUGUAGAUUACCUUCUAGACUCUGAGCUCUGAUAAGAAUUCCUUUAUAAGGAUAAAAGUGAAAUUUCUUUUAUUAACUAGCAAAAAAUAACGCAUCAAACAAAUGCACUGCGGAAAUGCUCGUCCCUAAACUUUUACAGCACCUGCAAGGAAUAUGACAGGAGUAACAAUUUUAUAUAUGUGAACUUCCAAAGUAGUUAAUGUACUUGAACCUCAAUAAAAGCCUGUCUCUGACUUGGCACCCGUUGGUUCAUUCCGGUGGCCCUCACCUGGCGUUCAUACGUCGCCCUGAGCGCCUUACCGAGCUCUUCACACCGCAGUGGAUGAAGUGUCACCUGUGGCCCCUCUACAGUCUAUCCAUAGAUUUUUCUCACUAGGAAAAAAGGUGUGGUAGACGUGUCGGCUGCCCAAAAUAGGAUCUCCUCUCUCCCUCCCUUCUUUCCCUUCUUUCGUCCUUUAAAUCAUUUUGAGUGGAGUGGUAGCAGUGGAUACAUAAAUAGCUGUGAAACUGAUAUCAAAGGAUGAGGGUGGAUUCCUCCCUGUAAUGAGAUAUUCCACCUAAUAAAAGCAUAGCAGCAGUAAUUACAGGGUGAGUGGUCGAGCCAUUAUAUUUUUAAGUUGAGGGUAUAUAGCAGAGGAAGUACUUGUUUUUUCUCUUACGCUUUUUUUUUUCCACCUGAGGGUGUGCUGAUGAUACACCCUCUUCUCACUUAAUUGACUGUCUUGUUAUCCGACAUUUCACAUUUACGACAAUAGUAAGUAACCUGGUGACUAUUGUGCGCGUUAAAAGUGUAUGUCUGGCAGUAAUGAACACUGAGGUGUGAGGGGAAAGUAAUGCUGGCUGUGAUGGUUAAUGUUAUGUGUCAGCUUGCCUGGGCCAUGAUUCUCAGUGGUUUGUAAUGAUAUAAUUUGGCAGUUAUGUAUUGAUGCAGUCAUCCUCUAUUUUGUGAUCUGAUGUGGUCAUCCUCCAUUUUUGCAUAAUGCUGAUUUUCAUAUAUUGACCUGGUCUUUGGAACCUAACCACGUCUAUAAGUGAGGAGCAGGUGUAUAUAGUUUAUGUUCUAACUCACUAGUGUUAAAGAUUAGCUUAUAAGGUUCUUUACAUUUACAAGACAUUUUUUGUGUACAUUGUUGCAUGGGAUUCUCUUCUCAUAGCAAAUCAUUUGACAUUGGUAUGGCUGAUAUUUCUGUUGCACAGUGGAAGAAUUCAUAAUUGAGAGAAUUGAGUGACUGACUUAGAAGUUUUCAGCCAUUGUGUGCAGAUUGAUUCCUUGAGCCCAGAUCUUCUGAUUUCAAAUGCAGGGCUCUUUUUAGUGCACUACUUUGUUAUCUACAAGGAAGUUUGAAAUAUGUCAUUACUAGCUGUCAUUCAUGGAAGGGUCACAGUUCGGUUAGAUUUGGUGAUGAACCUUUUCUAGUUAAAAAUACAGCGGCAGAAUAAUGGGAGAAUUCUUGAAUCACAUCGUUGCAGUGAUUCCCAUGAUUAAUAAGUGAUUUGAUCAAAAAGCAUUUUUUAAUAUCUAAUUUACAUUCUAAAAGAUACAGUAUAACUCUCUUCCAGUUUUCUCUUAAUUGAGGCAGAAAACAACUGGGAAUGGAAAUUAUCCCCAAUACUUUUUCAGCAUUUCUCUUAAAAAUUUUUUUCCCACAAUACAGGGCCAGAAUUAAAUGCUCUGCUGUUUAAUAAGACUCCAGACAUGUGAUCUCUGCUGUAUUAACACUUUAGUUUGCUCCUCUGCUUGUAUUUACUCUUUUUUCUCUUUCUAGCUGUUGAUUGCUCUCAGUGUUUUUCAUUGUUGUGCUUUCUUUCCUUAACAAAUGUUCAUCUUAAGUCUCAAUUUAGCUAUAAUGCUUUUAACUACCUCCAUUGUUUCCUGAGCCUUAGACCAAGCAGUCUUUCCAUUUCUUGUAAACACUGACAUCAGUGCCUUUGUUUAACUUUUCCCUUUUGCUUGGAGUGCCCAUUUUCUCCUUUUCUUCUGUCCUUUCCUCUAGCAAGUUUCUCUUUAUCCUUCAGGGUUCUACUCACCUGUCACCAUUUCUCUAAAGCCUUUCACUGGUCCUUCUCCUCAGAAAUUUUAAUUCUAAUUCUCAGUCAGAAUUAGUUGUUUGUUUUCUGCUCCCUGGUAAUAUUUUGCUCCUUCCUCUAGUACAUUUUCUGUUACAUUGUCUUAGAGUUGAUUUACUUGCCUGUGAAUUCCUUAGUAGUAGAACCAGUUUUUUAUCAGCUGUUACCUGAUGAAUGCUUAACAUGGUUCCUGGCGUAUGUAGCAGGGUAUUUAGUAGGAAAUUGAUGAAUGAAUGUGUCAAGUACAAUCACAUCAUGUUUUCAGUUCCUUUCAGUCAUGGGGGAGAGACACAUUGAUUUUGUUUGUUUUAGUGGCUUAUUGUUUUUACCAUGUAUUUUCAAGACCGAAUAGCCAUCAACGUCUAUUGCUUAAUGGCCUGUGUUUGUUAAUGUGACCCAUGAAUUAAAUGGAUUUGAUGUGAAAUUAUUUUUAGUUGCUUGGACUAGGCGUUACACAUUUUGGCUGAAUCGGAAUUGGUGCUCUGAUGUACAGAGUUUAAUGGCCUCAGUGGAAAAUUAACUCUAUAGAGAUAGUAUAGAUAUUUGUUUUAAAAAAUUAAAAAUGCUAUUACUUCUUCUUUAUACCUUUCCAUAAUACUUACAGUCAGCAUUUUUAGUUAAAAAUAAAGCUGUGAAAAUUAUUUACCAACAAACAAAAAAAUUAACGCAGGAGAAAUAGGUAUUAGCAUGUUAGAAGAAUGGUAACUAGCAUAGACCCAGAAACUAAUCUGGCAACUGACAGUGUAUACUUGACCUUGUCCAAGUCGGGUAGCUUUUUUUUCAUCAGUAAUAUUAGACUGUUGUGAUAAAUUGGCAUCUAAACUUUAAAAGCUUCAGAAAAUAAUAAAAUCAUACCAUGUCUGCCUAAAAUUGACUCUGUAUUAAGUGGUACAUUCUUCCUAAUAAGGAACAACCAUUCACUCGUUGGAUAUAUAUUCUUUUUAGUCUUUGUAGAAUUACAGUAUAAUUAUUUUUCUCUUAUUCUACUGUUGGUUGUAUUAUGGAAAAGAAACACAAUUCAUUUAAACCCUAAAGAUCUCUGGCAGAAUGUCGUGUAGUGUUCCAUAUUUGUGAUAGGUUUCCUCUCUGUUAUAUUUUAUUGGUAUGAAAAUACAUCAAAGGCCUACUAGUUAUUGAUUAUUUUCUUAUUUUGUGAAAGGUUAUUCAACCCAUUAACCCAUUAGGUUAUUAAAUUUGAUAAUCUACCACGUCGAUGAUCCAUCUUGUAAAUAAGUUUAAUUUUAUGUUUGUGUGCGUGUGUGAAAAUAGAUUUGAAAACGUCAUGUUUUUAUUCAUUAGUGUAAUUACAUCCUGAUUAAUUUUUAAUACUUCACAUGUUUUGUGUUUUUCCUUUGGAGGAUUGGAUAGCUUUAGUCAAAGCAGCUGCUGCAGCUGCAGCCAAGAAUAAAACAGGGAGUAAACCUCGAACCAGCGCUAACAGCAAUAAAGAUAAAGAUGAGAGAAAAUGGUUUAAAGUACCUUCGAAGAAGGAAGAUACUUCGACUUCUUCAGCCACACCAGAGAUUGAGAAGAAGGAAGAUCUGCCCACAUCGAGUGAAACAUUUGUAGGACUUCAUGUAGAGCACGUUCCAAAGCUGGGCUUUCCACAGCCAGAGAACACGUUAUCAAACAAGAGGAAAAACAAUCAAGGCAACUCAUUUCAGGCCAAGAGAGCUCGACUUAACAAGAUCACUGGUUUGUUGGCAUCCAAAGCUGUUGGGGCGGAUGGUGCUGAAAAAAAGGAAGACUGCAGUGAAACGGCUCCAGAGCUGGAGCAGGCGAUUUCACCUAAACCUCAAAGUCAGAAAAAAAAUGAAGCUGACAUUAGCAGUUCUGCCAACACUCAGAAACCUGCACUGUUAUCCUCAACUUUGUCUUCAGGGAAGGCUCGCAGCAAGAAAUGCAAACAUGAAUCUGGAGAUUCUUCUGGGUGUAUAAAACCCCCUAAAUCACCACUUUCCCCAGAGUUAAUACAAGUCGAGGAUUUGACGCUUGUAUCUCAGCUUUCUUCUUCAGUGAUAAAUAAAACUAGUCCUCCACAGCCCGCGAACCCCCCUAAACCUUUCAAGCAUAGUGAGCGGAGAAGAAGAUCUCAGCGCUUAGCCACCUUGCCUGUGCCUGACGAUUCUGUAGAAAAGGUCUCUUCUCCCUCUGCAGCCACUGAUGGGAAAGCAUUCUCCAUCAGUUCUCAAAACCUGCAAGAGCCUUCAGUACCAGAGGUGCCUGAUGUUGCACAUUUGUCACUUGAGAAGCUGGGACCUUGUCUCCCUCUUGAUUUAAGUCGUGGUUUGGAAGUUGCAGCGCCAGUAGUCCCAGAUCCCUCUUACCAUAAUGAGUUCCCCAGGGUGGAAAAGGAAGAUACACAGAUGCCUACUACAUAUCCUUCCAAAGCUGCAGCUGAUGGAAGAGGAGCUCCCACAGCGACAGGAAUAUCGAAAACAGAAAAAAAAGUGAAAUUGGAAGAAAAAAGCUCAACAACAUUUGGUAAGAGAAAAGAAAAGGAUAAGGAAAGAAAAGAGAAGAGAGACAAGGAUCACUACAAACCGAAACAGAAGAAGAAGAAAAAAAAGAAAAAGAAAUCUAAGCAACAUGACUAUUCAGACUAUGAAGACAGUUCCUUAGAAUUUCUGGAAAGGUGCUCUUCUCCACUAACUCGAUCUUCUGGGAGUUCUCUGGCUCUGCGAAGCAUGUUUACGGAGAAAAAUACAACCUAUCAGUACCCGAGGGCAAUUUUGUCAGUUGAUCUUAGUGGUGAAAACUUAUCAGAUGUGGAGUUCCUAGAUGAUUCGUCCACAGAGAGUUUGCUUCUAAGUGGGGAUGAGUAUACUCAGGACUUUGAUUCAACCAAUUUUGAGGAAUCUCAGGAUGAAGAUGAUGCUAUUAAUGAAAUUGUGCGAUGUGUUUGUGAAAUGGAUGAGGAGAACGGCUUCAUGAUUCAGUGUGAAGAGUGUCUGUGCUGGCAGCACAGUGUGUGCAUGGGCCUGCUGGAGGACAGCAUUCCGGAGCAGUACCUCUGCUACGUCUGCAGAGACCCCCCCGGUCAGAGGUGGAGUGCAAAAUAUCGUUGUGACAAAGAUUGGCUGAAUAAUGGGAGAAUGUGUGGGUUAUCAUUUUUAAAAGAAAACUAUUCUCAUCUCAAUGCCAAAAAGAUAGUUUCCACCCAUCACCUGCUCGCUGAUGUCUAUGGUGUUACGGAAGUUCUGCACGGCUUACAGCUGAAGAUCGGAAUACUGAAGAAUAAACAACAUCCUGACCUUCAUCUCUGGGCUUGUUCUGGGAAGCGAAAAGACCCGGAUCAAGUAAUUGCUGGGGUAGAGAAAAAAGUGACAGUGCAAGGCAUGGUUAAUCUAGAAGAAAAGGCGCAGCAUGUUCAGAACCAUAAAGAACCACCUCGUCUGCCCCCGAAAAUGGAAGGAACUUACAUAACGAGUGAGCACAGCUACCAGAAGCCCCAGAGUUUUGGCCCUGACUGCAAGCCUGUCGCAGAUCCCAGGAGCUCAGAUGAUGAUGAUGUCAGUAGUUUUGAAGAAGAACAGGAAUUUCACAUGGGAGAUAAAAACCGUGUACGAUUCUCAGUAAAGGAAGAUGGAAUGCCAGAAAAGAAGAAUCCAGCUGAAGGGAACACGGUAUUUGUUUAUAAUGAUAAAAAGGGCACUGAAGACCCAGGAGACUCCCAUCUUCAGUGGCAGCUCAAUCUCCUCACACACAUAGAAAAUGUGCAGAAUGAAGUUACCAGCAGGAUGGACCUAAUAGAAAAAGAAGUUGAUGUUCUGGAGAGCUGGCUUGACUUCACAGGGGAGUUGGAGCCACCAGACCCUCUUGCAAGACUGCCGCAACUUAAACGCCACAUAAAACAGCUUCUAAUCGACAUGGGCAAAGUACAACAAAUAGCGACUCUGUGCUCGGUAUGACGACAGUGAAAACUUAAUGAAAAGAACGUGGCUCUCCUGUCCAAUCAUUUUGAUUAUCCACAUGACUGCUGGGUGGAUCAUUCAAAAGCUUAGUAAUGUCUGGUCAUUUACUGAUUUUGUGACAUCAAUAGGAUGACACCUUGGAAAGGAAAAUGAAGAACAACUUUAUCAAGACAGUGAAUAUAAAACAAAAAUUCCAUGAGCAAAGCUGCAAAUGGUGCUGUGCUAGAUGCCAAGGAUCAAUGAGCUAGAAUAUGAUCUGGACUGAGAGAACUGAAUUGGCACGGUUUUUGAAUAGUCGCUUAUAUGAAGCCUGAGAUAUCUGUAGAAAGAAAUACUGGUGUAUUUAUAUAGUUCCUAGUAGAAAGAUUUCUCAUUUAUAAAUCAGCAUUUGGCCAAAAACAAAAUCGUAGAGGAAAUUUAAAAUCUGGAGAGUUCUGCAAGGUUGCUAUAAGAAGUCUUCUCUGCAACUGAUCCCACUGCACAGGAGGUUAGGGUAUUUAAACUUUUAUAGGAUCAUGUGCUGUGUCUUAGGUGAUGAAUGUCCUUAAUCAGAAAACUGACAGCAGAAGCCUCACUCCUGGGGCAGGCACUUGUGGAAGUCUUACUUCAUUAUGAAUACAUUUAAACAACAAUCACCCGAUGAUUGGAACUUACUGCAGGCAUUAAGCUCAUUAAAAACAAAAUGGCUUCUAGAAGGCUCAGAUGUGCCAAAGGAUGAUGAUACUGCUGGGAAGAGAAUUUUAAAUCUUGUGGGAGCUCUCUCGCCCCAGUCUUACAUGAUACCACCAGUUCAUCAAAAGCGGAUGUGUCACAUAUAUACUAUUAUGUAUACAUAUAGUUGAAUUGCGGUAUUCAGGCUUCAGCGUACAGCUUAAUCCUGAGUAUGCUUGGUGUUUGCCUUCAGAAAAAUAUAAACAGCCUCAGCUGGGCUGAGGAGGGACAUGAAUAUCAAAAUAAUUGGUGGCUGUGGAGUUUUAACUGCUAGUAGUGGAAUACUGGAAAAGCUUCUUUUGUGAAGAUGAAUUUUAUUUUUAAAAGAUACACACACACUCAAAACCUUUAGCUUUGGUCACAAAUGGAGAAAUUUCUGAAACCAAAGGCAACUAAGUUGCUGUGUUAGCUCUUGCUGGAUUUUGAACCUAGGUCCGAACGUCUGCCAGUGUUCACGUGGGUCGUGUGCCCCCAGUGCUCCGUACGCAGGUCUGCGUAAGUGUGUAUGCUUGUUCUAAACACUCAACGUACGUAUGUACAUAACCCGCACAUAUUUAUAUCUACACAUAUCUAGUUUUAUUACUAUAGACUAUGAGAAUUGGUGGUUAACAUGAAAUGUCACCUUUUAACAGACCGUUUUUAAAAAAUUAAAAAAUGUAUGUACAGGUUUUGAAAUUUUUUUAAAUGGGGGAAAAAGACUGUUCAGAGGAGGCUAUUUGAUGACAUAUAACACUUGAAUAUUUUAUGCCUCGUUCUGUUUCUCAGUUCUUGCAAUCUGUAUAAAUGCAUUUUAGAACUGAUAGACAGUAAACUUGAAUUUAUCUUUGGUAAGAAUACAUGCCACUGUACAUUCAGAUAUUAUUUAAAUUUGCAAACACACUGUUCUAUAUGUAACGUACUGUAUGUAAAACUCUUUAUUAAAACUAUUCCACACAUCCCAAAA